UAUAAGAGGCCAGCGAUGCUGCGCCGAUCAUGAAUUGAAAAGUCAUCCACACUCUUUACUCCUCUCUUGUAGCUGAACAAACCAACAUUCUAGUGUUUGUUUGCCCAAUAUGUCAGCUAUCGCCAUUAACGGGAACGCGUUCGAUCCAGCUGACCCAGCGAUUCAACCUCUCGGCCUCACCGCCUCUGAUGCUGCCGAAUCCAAUUAUAUCAUCGUUCAGACCAAAGGAGGACGUCUUGAGGCUGAUCAAAUAACCGAACUUGCAGCCAAAGAGGUUUUCAUUCAUGAAUAUGUCUCGGAUAGUACCUACCUCUGCGGGUACAACCACAAAGAUCUGGACACGAUCCGAAGGUUGCCAUUCGUUGGCUAUGCUAAUAUCUACCUUUCUCUAUUCGUCGUUCAAAGUUCUUUGAAGAAUGCUGCAGGCAAUCCAGCCACGCAUGGAUCAUCGCGGGCUACUACGGCAUCUCGAGCCCCACAUCUUGUGAACGUGAUCUUCCACGAAGGUGUUGAGGGUGAUAGCGCUCUGAAGCAGCAAGUUGCAACAGCUGCGCAUGUUGACGUCGAUGGUGUUGAAAUGGACGGAGGCAAAAUCAGGCUCUCAAUUCAAGAGUCAAGACUUGAAAAUGUUGCCAAAAUUGAUGCCGUACGGUCAAUUCAUGCGGUUCCCCUCCGGACGUUGUAUAAUAAUGUCGCACGAAGUAUUAUUAACGCAGAUGUUGUAGUGGGUUCUAUUGCUUAUAAAGGCGAAGGCGAAAUUGUUGCGGUUGCAGACACCGGCUUCGACAUAGGAGAUAAGGUACAUCCCCACCCGGCUUUCACCGGAAGAGUCAAUAAACUGUACGCGCUUGGAAGAACGUCCCCUAUUUCCAAAACCAACGACCCUGACGGCCAUGGGACUCACGUGUGCGGGUCAGUACUUGGAGAUCACACCUCUUCAUCUAUGGGUGGAAGAAUCGAAGCUCCAGCUUCACAAGCCCAGCUUGUCAUGCAAUCGCUGCUUGACGAUCGUGGUAGCCUGGGAGGCAUUCCAUUCAAUCUCGUUGCUCUAUUCAAGAAGCCAUACGACACUGACAAGGCGCGAGUGCACACAAAUUCAUGGGGGUCAGUCUGGACAGGAUCACAGUUGCCCUAUGAUUCUAGCGCCAGUGAAAUUGAUAAAUUCGUUUGGGAUCAUCCAGAAAUGGUUAUCUGCUUUGCAGCCGGAAAUGAUGGCACAGAUAAAACCCCCGUGGAUGGCGUCACUGACAGCGGCCUCAUUGGAGCCGAAGCCUCUGCCAAAAACUGCAUCACCGUUGGUGCAACAGAAAGUCGUCGACCUGAGAUCCGCUGGAACCCACCAUCAUGGAACCCAAGGGCAAGGACCUUCACCUAUGGAGAAUUCUUUCCCAGGUUAUUUCCUCUUGAUCCUAUCGCCUCUGACCACAUGGCAAACAAUGUCGAAGGAAUCGCCGCCUUUAGCAGUUUCGGCCCUACAGCUGAAGGGCGUAUGAAACCCGAUGUUGUGGCGCCAGGUACAUCUAUUCUAUCGGCUCGUUCCCAAGAUAUCACGGAAGUCCCUACGCAUUGGGGCAUCUCUGAUGAUGCAGCGUGGAUGUUCGAAACUGGAACAAGCAUGGCAACGCCCCUCGUAGCCGGCUGCUGUGCCGUUCUACGCGAAACACAAGUAAAAAAUGGUCACCGAUCUCCAAGCGCUGCUCUCAUCAAAGCAUUGCUCAUCAAUGGUGCUGUUGAUAUAACGGGCCAAUAUCCCGGGGACGAAUCGGGCACUUCACCGUCAUUUAGUGCUGGAUUCGGACGUGUUGAUCUUGCCGGCUCCGUUAUUUUGCCUGGAACGAACACAAAUGCAGGUGCUGGCGAAGGUCGACCACUGAAGCAGGGCGAAGAGUGGGGCAUCACCAUCACUGUGCCUCAAGAUAAGCCCCAAGAUGGUAACUCCGAUGCUGCGUCAAAGAGUGCUGUGCACCUUCCUCACCCAACACUCAAAAUAACAAUGGUCUACUCGGACUUCCCGGGCGUGAUGCUCCAAAACGAUCUCAACCUCAUUGUUCAAACGGGGUCGACAGAGCGACAUGGAAACCAAGGAACAACGAGUUUCCCAGUUGGUAGUACGGCAGCGAGAGGUUUUGACGGAGUCAAUAACGUAGAGCAGAUUGUUUGGACUAAUGUGCCGGUCGGUGAAUUGAAGAUCAAGGUUAAGGCUAGGUCCAUUACAAGACCAGUAGGUGGCUCUCAGGGUUUCGCGUAUGCUUGGAGGAUUUAUUAGGAAACAGUUGUUAUGUAUGAAAAGCAGUGAAGAUUACAGGAAUAAUGCGUGUUGAAGGAAGACGACGGUACCAUUUGAGAAAAGUCCACUACAACACGAACACUCAACGUUGGAAC